AGAGGGUCUUCGCCCUCUAGCCCUGAAGACAGGCUUUGAGAGUGAUGUGGUCGUUGGGACAUCGAUGCUAAAUGCAUAUACUAGGGAUGCACUUGACGUUGCAAUAAAGUUCUUUGAGGGUAUGCCAGAGAGGAAUGAGUACACAUGGUCAACCAUGAUCGCUGCACUAUCUUAUGAUGGUCGAAUCGAUGCUGCCAUUGCAAUCUACAAGAGAGACCCUGUAAAAUCCAUUCCAUGUCAAACCGCGCUGCUCACAGGCUUAGCUCGAUCUGGAAGGAUUACUGAUGCAAGGAUUUUAUUUGAGCAGAUUCCAGAUCCUGGUGUUGUGUCCUGGAACGCCAUGAUUACUGGCUAUAUGCAGAAUAAAAUGGUUGAUGAGGCAAAGGAGCUGUUCGACAGGAUGCCUUUUAGGAACACGAUAUCUUGGGCUGGAAUGAUUGCAGGGUAUGCACAGAAUGGAAGGAGUGAAGAAGCUUUGGAUUUACUCCAAGCGCUCCACAGGAUUGGGAUGUUACCUAGCCUAUCAAGUUUGACUAGUAGCUUCUUCGCUUGUUCAAACAUUGGAGCUCUUGAGACAGGAAGACAGGUGCAUUCACUUGCUGUUAAGGUCGGCUGCCAGUUCAGUAGCUAUGUAUGUAAUGCUCUCGUUACUAUGUAUGGUAAGUUCGGAAACUUGGAGUAUGUGAGACAAGUCUUUGAUGGAAUGAAAGUGAAAGACACCGUGUCUUGGAACUCCUUUAUUUCGGCACUUGUACACAAUGAUAUGAUGGAGGAUGCAAGACAUGUAUUUGACAACAUGCUCAGUCGGGAUGUUGUCUCUUGGACCACAAUAAUAUCUGCAUAUGCACAGGCUGAACGGGGAGAUGAAGCAGUGGAGUUUUUCAAAACAAUGUUACAUGAGCAUGAACUACCAAAUUCACAAAUAUUAACUAUACUUAUCAGUGUUUGUGGAAGUGUUGGUGCAUCUAAGCUUGGGCAACAAAUCCACACAGUAGCUAUUAAGCAUGGAAUGGAUUCAGAACUUAUAGUGGCUAAUGCUCUCAUGUCAAUGUAUUUCAAGUGCGGUUCUGCAGAUUCACAUAAGGUUUUCAAUUCAAUGGAUGAACGGGACAUAUUUACAUGGAAUACCUUCAUUACAGGCUGUGCACAGCAUGGCCUUGGAAGACAAGCCAUCAAUAUGUAUAAGCAUAUGGAAUCCGCAGGGGUGUUGCCAAAUGAGGUCACUUUUGUGGGGCUUCUAAAUGCAUGCAGCCAUGCUGGUUUCGUAGAUGAAGGUUGGCAAUUUUUCAAGUCAAUGAGCAGGGAUUAUGGAAUAACUCCUCUGCUGGAACACUAUGCAUGCAUGGUGGAUCUACUUGGGCGAACUGGUGAUGUGCAAGGAGCUGAACAAUUUAUUUAUGAUAUGCCUAUUGAGCCAGAUGCAGUAAUUUGGAGUGCUCUUCUUGGGGCAUGCAAGAUUCACAAGAAUGCAGAAGUUGGUAGAAGGGCUGCUGAGAAACUCUUCGCUGCUGAGCCAUCAAAUGCUGGAAACUAUGUCAUGCUAUCAAAUAUAUAUUCUUCUCUCGGUAUGUGGGUGGAAGUCGCAGAGGUACGUAAAAUUAUGAAACAACAAGGUGUCACAAAAGAGCCUGGUUGUAGCUGGAUGCAGAUAAGGAACAAAGUGCACUCUUUUAUCACUGGAGAUAAACAACAUGAGCAAAUCAAAGAGAUAGAAUCUACCCUCCGGGAUUUGUACACUUUGUUAAGGACUACAGGCUAUGUGCCUGACACUGGAUUUGUUCUCCAUGACAUUGAUGAAGAGCAGAAGCAGAGUUCCCUUCUCUACCACAGUGAGAAGCUUGCCGUUGCUUAUGGCCUUCUUGUUACACCCAAGGGCAUGCCUAUACAGAUAAUGAAGAACCUUCGAAUAUGUGGUGACUGUCACACUUUCUUUAAGUUUGUAUCACAUGUCACCAAGAGACAUAUAGACAUUAGGGAUGGGAAUCGGUUUCAUCAUUUUAGGAAUGGUAGUUGUUCAUGUGGUGACUUUUGGUGAUACAAUAUUUUUAAUUCUCUAUAAGUAUCAAAGCAGAUACAUUCGGAUGAUUCCAGAUGAGAUGUUGGAUUGCCAUUCAUAAGUUUUUCUUGAGCUAUAGAACACAAAUUAGAGAAGAGUAUGCUGACUGACCAUGACGCUAUGAUGUGCACUGCCAUGGGCUCUUGAGUGCAAUAUUGAGGUGAUGAACAGUCUGUUAGCUCUGGUGAGUGCAAAAAAUACAUGAUUAUCCACUUCACUUGACACUUUUAUGGUAAUUACCAGUGUUGCUUAUGCAAGAACACAGUGUUGCAUGUGAGAUAAACUAUCAAUGUAUAUAAACUAUCAAGUUGACACUUAGCAGCCUACAUGUCAAUGCUGAUGGAAAGAGCCAUUUCCUAUUUCUGCCUAAUGUCCGUCAUCCUGUUCUCUUAGCAUGUGUUCUUGGUUAUGGCCAAGUCUUAGGCUUGUACAUUAUUCUUUCUAUUCUAUGAAAUGCAAUGCUAUGCAAAUCUUUUGUGCAUUCUCGGGAAACAAUCUUAUGGCUUGACAAAAGGACGAGAAAACUGGCAUGGAAUCUAUACAUGUUCUUAGGUUGACACUUGGAUAAGACAUACUCUGUACAAAUGAAACAAUUAGAGAUGUAACUAACAUGUAGGAACAACCUUUGGCUGCAGUUUAUGUAAGUUUACAGGGAUAAGUCUGUUGAAGAUUUAUUUAAGGCAGGUAUUGCAUCCGCGAAGCAUAUCGUGGAUUGGAAGUGUGGAGUUCAUAAUACAGCAAAACUUUCCGGUAACCCGCACUUCGUUUGGUUUUGUCAUGUCAACCAUAAUUUUCUUCUAAACUGUGAGGUUAAGUUUUUAUCAAUGAAGUUAUACUGUUAUAGCUAGGGCUGUCAAAAGUGCACAUGGUUGGCAAACUAUUGUAGUUUGUCCAAGGUUGAGCACCAACCAGGCUUGAUCGAGCUCCGCUAGUUGGCAUCCCUGGCUAGCAACACCACCAUAUAAUCUGUCCUUUUCUGUCAGCAACAUUUGUAUAGUUUGAACAAAUGACAGUACGUUGCAAAUUUCAAGUCUUGUGUUGCGUGUACUUAAUUUGAUGUGCUGCUCACCAUUUCUUCUUUUGGGUUGUGGCAGUUAACUACAUGGGAGACUGAAAUCAGAUUGUACUCGUACUACUGUUUACAUGCCACAGCACUUAUGUGUGAGGGAACUGGAUGGUGCUGUGAUUCAUGCCAAACGUGUUUCACCCCAUGUUUCUGAACAACUGUAGGAU